CUGACACAGAGCAGGGCUGCAUUGUUUACACACAGCCCUGCUCUCACUGCGAUCUGGUGCCCGCUGUGUCCUCCGGACACAGUGAAACACCGAUCGUCGGACGGGACCUCUGUACGAGGUCCCGAUCAUGUGAUCACUGAUUGGCCAAUCAGUGAUCACAUGCAAAGUAGUAAGCAAGAUGUCACUUGUGACAUCAUUGCUUACUACGUGUGAAAUCUGUGAAUGAUCACAGAGGUAACAUGGUACAAGACUAUUCACAACAGCCUUGUACCAUGUGACAAGCUGUGACCAAUCACAGCUCAGUCAGUA